GUCUUCAACUUGGAGUAUGGCGGACCGCUCUCCGGCCUGCACUGUUUCCGCCAUCUCAAGCGGUUUAAGAUUCUCGUUUGUGGCGGUGACGGCACGGUGGGCUGGGCACUCGCCUGUCUGGAUAACGUCGGCCAGGACGCAGCCUGCCCAACUCCUCCAAUGGCUAUUCUUCCACUCGGUACGGGAAAUGAUCUAGCCAGAGUGCUCCACUGGGGUCCCGGAUACGCAGGAACUGAGGAUCCACUAACCAUUCUUCGGGACGUCGUUGAAGCCGAAGAAAUUCGACUUGACCGAUGGACGGUAGUAAUUAAACCCGAUCAUGCCGAAAGCGAUGCGCAAAAGAAACAGCUGCAGAUAGAAGCGAAUGCCUGCAACACCAAUGAGGAUACAAGUCGCAUCUUCGUUAUGAACAACUACUUCGGCCUGGGCAUUGAUGCCGAUCUGAACUUGGAUUUCCAUCUCGCACGGGAAGAAAACCCGGCCAAAUUUAAUAGCAGGAUCCACAACAAAUCCGUGUAUUUCAAAAUGGGCCUACGAAAGAUGGUGAACCAACAAACCAAGUGUAAGGACCUCCAUCAGAACGUAGUCAUUGAGGUGGACGGAAAGCAGUUGGACCUGCCGCCAAUCGAGGGCAUCAUUAUUCUCAAUAUCCUAUCCUGGGGCGCCGGCGCGAACCCCUGGGGUGUGGAGAAGGACGAAGCCUUUUCGAAACCUACUCACUACGAUGGCCUACUAGAAGUAGUUGGCGUCACCGGUGUGGUGCACAUGGGGCAGAUUUUUUCUGGGCUUCGGACAGGAACACGUCUGGCUCAGGGUGGACACGUACGUUAA